GCCUACCGUCUCCCAUUUACCUGUGUCUCUUUGAAUCUUCCUGUAUCUCAAAAACAAGCACUAGCUCAGCUUUUAUUUUAGCACGUAGCAACCCACAGAAUUACCAAUGAAGUACAGUAACACAGAGGACAUCAGGAAGACUUUUGAAGAGGCCCCAGCGGCCAGGAAAGCUCUGCUGGACAACCACAGCAAUCUCAAUAAGGUGGCCGACUACUGCGAAAACAAGUACCCAAAUGCAGAGGACACAAGAAAAGCAGUGGAGGAAUCCAAAGCUCUCACCAUUCAAGCCCUGGCCAGCGUCGCCUACCAAAUCAACACACUGGCAGCAAGUGUUUUAAGACUCCUGGAUGCCCAGACCAUUCAACUUAUUCAGAUGGAAUCAUCAGUCAAUCUUCUAAACUUGUCAGUGGAUAUGUACAAGGAAAAAGUAACGAGGCAGGAGAUUAAAGCCUGGGCUGCUCCUUGCAAAAAAAUCCCAUGUGUUCAGAAGAUGGUUCCUCCAGCAAGACCUGAAGAACCCAACACUGAAUAUAAGCGUGUCCCAAUAUCCUACACCAGUCUAGACACAGUUGGACAUGGAGCCUGGGACAGUACCAAAACUGCAACAAAGAAAAAGUCUGAACCACAGACAACGAUCCAACAACCAAGCUCUGACGAAGGACAGCACCAUUUUGGAUCUGGCACUGGUAUUGCUGUUCCUCCACCUUCAGUUCCAAACUGGGUUGGUUUGAAUACUACAGAAUCUUCAGCCACACCAGACUCCUCCAUGCCACAGCCUCCAAGUGUCUCUGAAGAUACUCCACCACCACCACCACCACCACCACCUCCUCUUCCACCUUCAAGUAAUACUGAUGGCCUUCCACCUCCACCUCCACUUUUCCCACAAAGUAGUCCAAUAACUGUACCUACAUCAUCUCCUUCUACAUGUAGUUCUGCUUUUACAGACUUAUUUUUACCACCACCCCCAACUACCCAAACUGAGCUCAAGGGUCUUCCAUCUCCACCUUCCCCUCCUGCCAAUUCAAUGCCACCUCCUAUAUCUGGAGGUUCUUUCCCACCUGGACUGAGUAAUGUUCCACCUCCUCCUCCACCAGCUCCUACUACUCCUGAAAAAGCCUUCAUUCCUCCUCCUCCUCUUCCUCCUCCACCACCACCAUCAUUUUGAACCCUAAAACAUACCUUUUCAAAUACAUGACUGGUAAAUCACUAAUAUCAAAGCCACUACUGUAUUCUUCAGACAAUAGCUGGUUAUUCUAUCCACAUUCACUGGAUAUGAGCAAUCGAGCACUCUGAUUGGCUACUCUACUACUAGGCUAUCAGCUUAUAUACCAUGAGUAGAGAAAAACCAAGUGGUAGAGCGUGUUGCUGAACCAACCAAGGAUGAAAUAAAAACUCUACUCGAAAACAAAACUCCAAAAAAUACAAACAAAGCAACAAAAUAUGGAAUGAAAGUAUUUGAGGGUAAGAACAUAUCUUUUUUUUCAAGAAUUAUUAUUAUAGCAUUUUUCACAAAUUGCUCCUGUCAUUUCACCAGUUUGUUUACAUUCAUCUUUACGCAUUAACUUUGUUGAAUUUUUUUAGACUGGUUCAAAAGCUCAAAGAAAUUUGAAAAUUACAUCACUGAAAUGUCCAAGGAAGAAUUAAGUAAAUGUCUAAAGCUAUUCUAUACCUCGGCACGACAGCAAGAGGGCACUUUCUACAAACAAACAACACUAAAGUCAAUUCGUGCAGCCAUCGAUAGGUUUUUAAUAAGUACACCUAAGCGGAAAUGGUUUUGUAUAAAGUUUUUAUUUGUUAAAUUUUCAAAACGUAAAAAUAAAAAUGCUCUGUUUCUCAAAAUCCAGUGAAUGUGGAUAGAAUAAAACAGUUACUCCACUCAAUCUCGUCGUACAUGGCUUAUAACCAACUUGGUGCUACGCUUCUCAUCAGCUAUCAGCUCAUGUACGACUUGAUUUCGUGGAAUAGCUGUUAAAUAUAAAUCACUCAAGCAGGCUUGUAAUACUCAAAUCCAGGAUUCGGACUCGAGUCUGACUCGUGCCCUAAUUUUAAGGAUUCGUGACUUGACUUGGACUUGAGCACUGAUGACUCGGACUUGUACUCGGACUCGUGCAUUAACUGCAUUCGGACUCAUAAAUUGGAGAUGAUGACUCUGAUUUUUCUUUAUUUUUUGUAACAUGCCAUAAUUUGGCAUAAGAAAUUUAUAUCUACAUUAAUUUUGUACUAAUUUCGUGCAAGAGUGUCACACCUGUGCGCCUUGGCACGUGCAUCAGAUAGACUCUCAGGCCAAGCGGACUCUUGCGUGUGCCGUAAAUGACUCGCACCUGCACAGGAUUAAGGCGCAAUCAGUGCGCCAAUAUAAAAACUGUGAAAACACGCUUACUUUGCGAAGUAUUGAGUUUCAUUGCUGACACAUUACCAAGCCUUAUUUCCAUGUUUAGGUUCCUGAUCCCUGAUUUCCUGUUUCUCGUAUUUGAUUCUGCCGAGUCUACAAUAGCUUGUUUGUGCCUCGCUCGACCUGUUGCCUGUUUCACUGUUUUACAAUUUUGCCUGCCAUUCUGGAUUGUUUACCGUCUUCACUUGUAUUAAUAAACACACCCUCUGCACUUACAUCCGUCUCCCAACCACCUCUGACAGAAUACUUCACACUCCCUGAUAAAGAGAAGCACAUUCACCUGUUCAUACGUCAUGCUCAGGAACAAACUAAUGUUAAUGGCACUGAAACAGACACCGUCAAAUGGUGCAGUUGGAGUCUCGACUCGGAUCAAUAGUGGACUCGACUCGAACUCAACACGAAAUUUUUUUUUAAUGACUUGGAUUUGACUCGGACUUGAACACUGGAGACUCAAGACUGGACUCAGACUUGAGGUUUAGUGACUUGACUACAACACUGCACUCAAGUCACUAAAGAUGAAUAUAACAUUUCAUUUUUAGAUGCUAUUAUUAUUAAUAUAGAAUCUAAAAAAUUUUUCCGAUUCAGCCACAAGAGCAUUUGUAAUGUUGGACAUUGAUGUUGAGCAAGAAGACUUGGCAUGCGAUUGAUGCUCUAGUUCAGUGGUUCUCAAACUUUUUUCACCAAGUACCACCUCAGAAAAUACUUGGCUCUCCAAGUACCACCAUAAUGACCAACAUUAAAAUACAGUAGCAUAGUAGGUCUAAGUAUUCACUAAAAACAAGGCGGUUUUAUUUAACAAGUAUAUUUAAUAUUGUUGGCCACUGUAACAUUACACACAGUACUUUGAACAGUAACACUGUGUUUAAAUAUAGGAAAAUAAAACACUGUCCUUAAAUAAUGAAUCAAAUAAAAUUAAUUGCACAUAAAAGUGAAAUAAACAUUGUACUAAAAUAAAUCAAGCUGUAUGGCAAAAUAUCUACUGUUCUUAAUGCGCUCAAUCAGUGUCUUUUUAACAUCGUCAGCCAUGUCGUUUAUUCUCCUUGACACGGUGUCAUUUGAAAGCGGCACCAAGUUUAACUCUCUGGCAGCUUUCUCUCCACACAUGAUACGUGUCAUCUCUUUGGCUAAUGGCAAACACAGCAGUUCCCCGAUUGUGUGCGGCUUACCGGCUCUGGCGAUCAGGAGGCUGGCACGAUAUGAAGCUUCCUGUGCUUUGGCUACGGGUGUACCAUAGGACAGAAUGGUGGACUUGGACUGCUUCAGUUCAUCACGUUUUCGUAAAAAAAAAAAAAAAUCCAUUGGUUCGUCCUUUAGUGCUGUGUGUUUGGUUGUAAGAUGCCGUUUGAGAUGCGAUGGUUUCAUGGACUCAUUGCUCAGAACGUCACCGCAUACAACACACUGCGGCCUGGGCAGCUCCUCUGUCCCGCUCCAAAUGAAUCCUAGUUUUAUGUAUUUUUCAUCAUACUUCCUCCUUACUGGUUUCUGCCGUUUGCUAGCAGUUCUGGGGCUGGUUUUGCCACUGUCGUUAGCAUCCGCGCUCGGCUCACACACGUCCUCUUCAGUUCUCCCUCUCUCCUGAUCCACGCUCCCAUUCGCGGAUUUAAGCCACGACAGUAAUUUUGUCGUACUCGUCAUAAUUAGCAAAGCCACCUCCACCUUUUCCCAUCACAGCCUAGUCUACCAAUGGCGGAUAACCGUCUGUCAGCGGAACCGGCGGGAAUGCGUACGUACGCUACGUAUGGCUACCCAGAAGCACUUGCAAACUUUUUUAAAUUAUUAACUUAAUUUGUAUUUCCUUUCAUUUUCUUGUCAUCGGUUGAUAAGAUAUUUUCAUCCAUUCGGAUAUUAUGGAUAGUAUUUCCCUUUUUUUUAAUUUAUAUUUAAUUAAGUGAUUCUUUGGCGUACCACUAGUGGUACGCGUACCACAGUUUGAGAAUCUCUGCUCUAGUUCAUCCCAAAGGUGUCCAGUAAUGUUGAGGUCAGAGCUCUGUGCAGAUGAGUUUUCCACUCUAACCUUGACGUACUAUGUCUUAAUGGAGCUCAUUUUGUACUCAGGAGCAUUAUCAUGCUGGAACAGGUUUGGGCCACUUGGUUCCACCGAAAGGAAAUCAUAAUGCUACAGCAUAUGAAGACAUUCUAUACAAUUGUGUGCUUCCAAUUCUGAGGCAACACUCUGGCGAAGAACCCAAUAUGGAUGUGACGGAAAAGUGUUCACAAACUUUUGGCUACAUAGCGUAUUUAGAGUAUCUAGAUUUUUGAGGAAUAGCUGCAGUAACUACGACACAUUCAAACUACAGUGUUAGAAUGGUGAACCCAUUAAAACUAUCACACAAAAUUUGGAAGAUUUUAAUUUUUAAUAACAAAAGGUCAAACCACUAACCUGUUCUCUCAACCUAUAAGAGUUAGCUUUUGUGAAUUCUUACAUUAUACUGUAGAUAUUUUGUGAUUUUAUACCCUUAAUGUAACCACACACGUAUGUAACUAUGCACACAUGCUUUGAUGUCAUCAGACAGUAUAAACAAUAAUUUGGUUUAUGAUGAUUGUAUUUUGAUUCAUAUGUAACCACCCACACCUUGAUGUAAUCACAUACAGUUGUGCUUGAAAGUUUGUGA